AUGUCGAUGCCUUGCCAAACAAUGCCAUACAGAGACGAACAUGUCGUCACAUUGUGCCCGACAUUGGAACCUUUGUUGAAGGCCAAAGAACACAUUUAUGAAAAUACAACACAGGAAGACUCGAAACGAAAGCCACCGUUAUACCCCACGCCAUAUUGUGCAAGAGACAACAGGCCCCAGGAGCAUUCAGACGACACAGAUGGGAAAAAGGAGUACGUGUAUGCGGUUGUUGACAAAACCAGGGCCAAGAAAACUAAAGAUGAGGUAAUUGUAGAGAUAGUUAUGUUUCGUAGUUACGUGCAAUUGUAUUCCCAUGGAAUUUGACCUUAGGAAAAUUUAUCAAGAAGUAUUCAAUCCAUCUAUUCACAGAUAUCUAGGAAUAGUUAUUCAUGUGGCUAGAAAGACUUUGUGCACUCGGGGACAUUCUCCGGAUCUUGUUUACUGUGGGUAAUGUCGACUGAGAUAUCGGUCGACAUAGCGGUCGAUAUAGCGGUCGACAGUCGGUCGAUAUAGCGGUCGACAGUCGGUCGAUAGUCGGUCGACAGUCGGUCGAUAGUUGGUCGAUAGUCGGUCGAUAGUCGGUCGAUGGUCGGUCGAUAGUGGGUCGAUAGUCGGUCGAUAGUGAGAUAGACUAUCGGCCGAGUAUCGGUCGAUAUUCCGUCGACGCACCUCGACUUACUAUCGGUCAUAUGUCGGUGAUAUAUCGGUCAACUGUCGGUGAUAUAUCGGUCAACUGUCGGUGGUAUAUCAGUCAACUGUCGGUGGUAUAUCGGUGAACUGUCGGUGGUAUAUCGGUCAACUGUCGGUGGUAUAUCGGUCAACUGUCGUUCGAAUAUUAGUCGUGUGUUAAUUUAUCAGGUGAGUCCAAUGGCUUUUUUUUUUAAGCAAAGACGUCAUUAAUUACUGUUAUCAUGCGAUGGGGAACAUGUGGCAAAGCAAGGCGCGAUUACGCUAUGAAGAGAACCUAAGAGCACUGGGAACUAAGGACAUGAUAACCUUUUUUUUCCAGUUUGUAUCAUCACCGAUCGUCUGAGUUUUAGCUGUUAAACAGAACCUGUCUCAGCCUAAGUUGAAUCUGCUGCUCCUGUGGUCCCGCAAAAAUGUAGGAAAAUGUAGGAAAUGCUAAGUGUCGACCGACCAUCGACCGAGUGUCGACCAAUUACUGACCGACACAUCGGUCAAGUAUCGACCAACUAUCGACCAAGUAUCGGCAAAGUGUCGGCGAAAUGUCGGCGAAAUGUCGGCGAAGUGUCGGUGAACGAAAAGCUAUAUCGGCCGAGACACAUCUGGAACGACUAUCGGCCGUGUCUCGACCGAGUGUCGACCCACUAUCGACCGACUAUCGACCGCUAUAUCGACCGACUGUCGACCGAGUGUCGACCGACUAUCGACCGAGUGUCGACCAAGUAUCGACCGAGUGUCGACCGAGUGUCGACCGACUAUCGACCGAGUGUCGACCGCUAUAUCGACCGAUAUCUCUCGGUCGACAUUACCCACAGUAAACAAGAUCCAGCAUGUCUUAGCCAUGUUGUUAUUAAUCUAGGAAUUAUUUUCAAUGAAUAAUAAAACAAUUGUUGAAUUCGGCUUUCGUAUCAUAUGAAGAAUUAUGGAGAUCUGGGAGGGUGUUAUCCGUCGAGGCCGUAACACCCUCCUCGAUCUCCAUAAUUCUUAAUAAGAUACUCAGCCUCAAUUCAUUAAUUGUUAAUUUAUGACCAAGUGAAGUGCUCACUUCACGGCGACAACAAAUUAUUUUUUUCGUCUUUCUUAAAAUGGAAUAUUUAAAACCCAUAGCGUGUUAAGGCCGCCUACACGUGCUAGUGCUCUUUAAUUAAUUAAUUUUUCAAAGCGAAGCCUGCGGUGCAUAACUAUUCAGAUGAAAACGAAAUGAAAAUUUAUUUUAAAGUGAAAAGUUCGGUGUACCGUAUUUAUUCGAUUGAACACCGCCCUCGAUCAAACGUCGCGGAUCAUGGAAACAAAAUUACCAAUAAACGUCUCCCUCGAAUAAACGCUCUAUUGGGCGUAAUCAACUGAUAAAUGAAAGUCAAUUUGACAAGGUAAACGUUAUCCUCUUAUACGUUACCCUACAUACAACCUGUCCGGCAAUAGAGAGGAGAAGUGUGACGUCACGUUACCACGGUAGCACUAUUUCUGGGUGACAAAAAAACCAACGACGACGGCGACGGCAAGGAGAACGGCAAAAACUAAUAUGUUUACAUCAACAAACAACAACUUUCCACGUGAAUCACGCUAUUUUGUACAUUUCCUUGCCGUCGUUGCACCACUACGACGUGAAACUUCCUAAUUCCGUGAGCCCGCUUUAUGGAGUAGGUAAACACAACCACAAAAACUGUCGCUUUCUUUUUCUAAACAUAGAUAACGACAGAUGCGGUCCCAAAGAAAAUUCCGCCAACAUUUGCCAAAUUAAAUGAAAUUGAACAAGAUCGGUGAAGUUUGAAAUAGUGCGAAUAGACUUUAAAGUGACUUUAUCGGUUUGUUGUCAUCCAAAAAUUUUGCUACCAUGGCAACGUGACGUAACGACUUCUCCUCUCUAUUUGUGCAAAUUAGCGAGAAAGUUGCAUGAAACGUUCCCGAGGGUAAUAACUCCACCCAUGUAAAGGAAUACGGGAACAUUUUGCCUGUGGAAUCCGUAAUCCUGGGCUAACAAAGAAUGAAAUCUGGAAUCCAUGGCGUAGAAUCCAGAGUCCAAGACUGCCUUGAAUUCCCUCACAUGGGGUGAAAAAAAACCCGAAAUGAACUUUUUUUUUUAAGCAUUCGUCUUAUAUUAGAGUUGCGAGAAGUGCAACUUGGUUCGACGUUGUGCGCCGAAAGACAGCCAACGAAAACGUUGCGACACAUGGCGAUUUCAGGUGAUGUUCCUAGGAAAUUGUGUUGCAAUGAAACUGCGAGACAAGUUGAGAGAGCAAUAGCCUUCUGUAGCGGGAACCUAAUUAACCUGUUUUCUUUCCAUCACAGACUUGUGGUCUCGUGUAUACAGAACUUGAAUUGAAGCCUACACAAGAUGAAGACGAAACUGAAGUAAACGCCAAGGGGUGUGUCACCAUUUACUCUAGUAUACAGGAGCAACAGUAAAGACGGCACUAAGUGACAUCCUCUGAAGACAGGAGAUCCCAUUAGAAAUUGCACGCUCAGUAAUAACUAAUUUGAAAUAUUAUUUGCUGAUAUUCGCCUAUAAAAAGUAACCAUGUUUAUAGUUUCCUAAAGCUGUAGGUCAAUAGACCUCACUAGCUUAUAUGUUUUGUUUUCCCAAUACAAGUCACGUGAUAAUACUCUACGG